AUGGCUAGAGCCAAAUCCGGCCGCCGUAUUCUCGACUCCUACACCGUCAAGCAUGUCGGAAAAACGAUCCGCGCCGGCGACUGCGUCUUGAUGAGGGCCUCGGAUUCGUGGAGGCCGUCGUACGUGGCGCGCGUGGAGAGGAUCGAGGCCGACAGCCGCGGCGCGAACGUGAGGGUCCACGUGCGGUGGUACUACCGGCCGGAGGAAUCGGUCGGUGGCCGCCGGCAGUUUCACGGAUCGAAAGAGCUGUUUUUCUCAGAUCACUUUGACGUUCAGAGCGCCGAGACGAUCGAGGGGAAGUGCAAGGUUCACAGCUUCAAGAGCUACACUAAGCUGGAUGCCGUUGGAAACGACGACUUCUUCUGUCGUUUUGAGUACAGCUCGUCCACUGGCGCCUUCAAUCCAGAUAGAGUCGCCGUGUAUUGUAAGUGUGAGAUGCCCUAUAAUCCUGAUGAUCUUAUGAUUCAGUGUGAAGCAUGCAGUGACUGGUUCCAUCCAUUGUGUAUAGGCAUGACCCAUGAGGAAGCCAAAAGACUAGACCACUUCCACUGUAUUGAUUGCUCCUCUGAAGAUCAAAAGAAACUACAUGAUAAUCACGUUUCUAUGAGACAGGCUGAUGUCAAGGUAAGUUGA